UUUUCAGGAUUUUUCUUUUUGUAAGUCGAAGCAGAAAGCUCGUCCAUAAACGACUUCAAAAAGCUUUGGCGUUUGUAUUUCUUCCCCUUCAAUAUACAGUCCCAGAAUGAGCUGGUGGUGGGCUAGAGCAAUUGGCGCUGCAAAGAAGAAAUACGAAGACGAAGAAACACCACCUCGAAGCUACAAGAGCGUGGGCCUGGUGAUCGGCGUUACUGGCAUCGUCGGCAACAGCCUAGCCGAAAUCCUUCCGCUCCCAGGAACCCCAGGUGGCCCAUGGAAGGUCUAUGGUGUGGCGCGUCGCCCACGCCCCAAAUGGAGCUCGGACCAUCAACUCGAAUACAUCCAGUGCGAUGUCUCCGACGCCGAGGAGACCCACGACAAGCUUUCCCAAUUAACGGAUGUCACCGAUAUUUUUUACGUCACGUGGGCCAGCCGACAAACCGAGGCCGAGAACUGCGAGGCCAACGGCGCCAUGUUCCGCAACGUUCUCCGUUCUCUAAUCCCAAACGCUCCGAAUCUCCGCCACAUCUGCCUCCAGACUGGCACCAUGCACUACGUGGGACCCUUUGAGGCACGUGGUAAGAUCAUACCCCACAGUCCACCUUUUACGGAGGAUUUGCCCCGAUUGAAUUACUUGCCAAAUUUCUUUUACACACGGGAAGAUAUUUUAUUUGAAGAAGCCAAGAAUAAGGAGGGUUUGACUUGGUCCAUCCACCGACCCAGCGUGAUAUUUGGAUUUUCCCCCUAUAGCCUGAUGAACAUAAUAGGCACGCUCUGCGUAUAUGCUGCUAUAUGCAAGCACGAGGGGCUUCCCUUGAAAUUCCCCGGAAGCAAAUCGGCCUGGGAGUGCUACACCGUGGCUUCGGAUGCUGAUCUUAUUGCGGAGCAGCAAAUUUGGGCGGCGUUGGACACUAAUGGUAAGAACGAAGCGUUUAAUUGCAACAACGGAGACGUGUUCAAGUGGAAGCAUCUUUGGAAGGCGUUGGCAGAGCGAUUUGGGAUUGAGGAGUAUGGAUUCGAGGUGGGUGAGAAAGUUAGGUUGGUGGAGAUGAUGAAAGACAAGGGUGGAGUGUGGGAAGAGAUUGUGAGGAAGAAUGAGCUGCAACCCACAAAAUUGGAGGAAGUUGGGUUGUGGGGGUUUGCGGACGCGGUACUUUCUGGUGGGGAUUUCGUGGAUAGUAUGAAUAAGAGCAAGGAGCAUGGGUUCUUGGGGUUUAGAAACUCCAUGAAUUCGUUUGUUGCGUGGAUAGAUAAGAUGAAAUUUUGCAAGAUUGUGCCUAACAAAUAUGUCGUCGAAGAGGCACCACCUCGAAGCUACCACAGCGUAGGCUUGGUGAUCGGUGUGACUGGCAUCAUCGGCAAUAGCCUAGCUGAAAUCCUCCCACUUCCAGACACCCCCGGCGGCCCAUGGAAGGUCUACGGUGUGGCGCGCCGUCGACGCCCCAAGUGGAACGCGGAUCAUCAUCCAAUAGAGUACAUCCAAUGCGACGUCUCUGAUUCCCAUGACACCCAACUCAAGCUUUCCCAAUUAGCCGAUGUCACCCACAUCUUUUACGCCACGUGGACCAACCGAGGCACCGAGGCCCAGAACUGCGAGCCCAACGGCUCCAUGUUCCGCAACGUGCUUCGCGCUCUAAUCCCAAACGCUCCGAAUCUCCGCCACAUCUGCCUCCAGACCGGCACCAAACACUACGCCGGACCCUUCGAGACCCUUGGCAAGAUCAAAACCCACAGCCCGCCUUUUACAGAGGAUUUGCCCAGAUUGAACGUGCCGAAUUUCUACUACACCCAAGAAGACGUUUUAUUUGAAGAAGCCAAGAAUAAAGAUGGGUUGACUUGGUCCAUCCAUCGCCCCAACCUGAUAUUCGGAUUUUCCCCGUAUAGCCUGAUGAACAUAAUAGGCACGCUCUGCGUAUACGCCGCUAUAUGCAAGCACGAGGGGCUUACGUUGAGAUUCCCUGGAAGCAAAGUCGCCUGGGAGUCUUACUCGGUGGCUUCAGAUGCUGAUCUUAUUGCGGAGCAGUAUAUAUGGGCGACGGUGGAGCCUAAUGCAUGGAACGAAGCGUUUAAUUGCAACAACGGAGACGUGUUCAAGUGGAUGCAUCUUUGGAAGGCGUUGGCGGAGCAAUUUGGGAUUGAGGAGUAUGGAUUCGAGGAGGGUGAGAAAGUUAGGUUGGUGGAGAUGAUGAAAGACAAGGGUGGAGUGUGGGAAGAGAUUGUGAGGAAGAAUGAGCUGCAACCCACAAAAUUGGAAGAAGUUGGGUUGUGGUGGUUUGCGGAUGCUGUACUUUCUGGUGGGGAUUUCAUAGAUAGUAUGAAUAAGAGCAAGGAACAUGGGUUCUUGGGGUUUAGAGACUCCAAGAAUUCGUUCGUUGCGUGGGUAAAUAAAAUGAAAGCUAACAAAAUUGUGCCUUGAAAGAGGUAA